AUGAAGUUAUCUCAGUUAUCACUACUACGGAUUCUUCCCAUUGUCUCUGCUCUCAACGUGGGCGACUAUGGGCAUCCAAUUGAAGACAUCGCCAUCCUAGGCUUCCCCUACGACACAAGCACUUCCUACCGCCCUGGCGCCCGCUUCGGACCACGAGGCAUCCGCACUGGCUCCUCCCGCGAAAAGAAAGGCCGAAGCUACAAUCCCGUAUGGGGAAUCGACCCCUUCGAAGAAGGUCUCAGCAUUCUGGACUGUGGUGACAUCCCCAUCACCCCCUUUGACGCAGCCCACGCCUUCAAGCAAAUGGAACAGGGUUAUCGACAAGUCCUCCACCACCCGACGACGGACACCAAGCCUGAUGGGUGGACUCAUCCGAGAAUCAUCAGCUUAGGAGGAGAUUAUUCGAUCGUGUAUGGACCUAUUUCGGUGAUUCAUCUGGAUUCGCAUUUGGAUACUUGGGAUCCAUAUGAGGGGUAUACGGGGAUUGCGUCGGAACAGUCUGCUAUUACGCAUGGGACGUUCUUUUGGCAUGCGAGUCGGGAGGCAUGUAUUAAUAAGGGUGCUAGUGUUCAUGGGGGGUUGGGAACGAAGCUGUUUGGGGUGAGGGAUUAUGAGAUUGAUGAGGUUGUUGGGUUUCAUAGGAUUGAGGCGAGAGAGAUUGAUGAUAUUGGGGUUGAUGGGAUUGUGAAGAGGACUUUGGAUGUUGUUGGAGAUAAUCCGGUUUAUCUUUCUAUUGAUAUUGACGUCUUGGAUCCGAGUAUUGCACCUGCGACUGGAACGCCAGAAUCUGGUGGAUGGACGACUCGCGAGCUUAAGCGAUAUAUCAGUGGCUUAGAGGGACUCAAUUUGGUCGGGGCUGAUGUCGUAGAGGUUAGUCCACCUUAUGAUUCGACUGCGGAGACAACCUCGGUCGCGGCAGCGGACUUGAUUAUCGAUAUAUUGGCGGCCAUGGUGAAGAAAACGGCUCCGACUUUCACGAAGUUUCAAGAGAGCGGUAAAGAUGAGCUAUGA